AUGUCCUCUCAAGCUUCUGCCACCAUCACUGGGCUUGCUGUAUUGGAAAACCCUCGCUUUUACGACACCAAACAAUCCAACUCAUUUGUCUUUGAUGCACAAUUCUAUCUCGCUCCCCAUGUCACGCUGGUAGCGCAGCUGCGGUACUACAAUGCUAAAGGAGAUCAUUUCGAUCCAAUGGGGCAGUAUGUAGUUUGCUCGACGAUCGCCAAAACUCAGAAAGGCGCAAAAUUAGGUAGCCUUGAUAUCAAACCGGAGGAAUAUCAUGUUGUUGGGGACAUCAUCUGGCUCAUUCGUGUGUCAGCAACUAAGCAGCAACUUCGUAACCGGCCUUGGAUCUCAGUCUCGGGAGCAGCGAUUAUCCCCUCAAAAGAUAGCGGCACUUUCCAGGUGAACGCUGUGCAGUUCACUCAUGCCAACCGCAACACGGGUCACCCGUCCACAAUGCCUAUUGAAGCCAUGUUUCCCGACACACCCCGCUACGCGAAAAAGCCCAUUCCCAAGCCAAACACCUAUGUGACCCUAGGCGGCUUUCUCUCGCGAUACACCAAAAAAAACAACAUUCCUGAUCGCUUCUACAUUGAAGUGGAUCAUGUUGUUUUCCUGGGGUGUUCGCAGAUUCCCGUUGAAACACCUGGAAAAUCUCCAUUCGAGGGAAGUUGUCGCAAACGCAAGCAAGGACUCAAGUUUUCGUUUGACGAUGAUGAUGAUGACGACGACGACGAGAAAGACCUGGAGACUCCUUGCAAAAAGGCCAGAUUGUCCGGUGAUACUGGCUCCAGUCUCUUUGGUGGCAUGAAGCCUAUAACGGGGCCUUUGAAUUCAUUAUCCGACACUUCCUCUGAGUAG